AUGACCCCUGGGUUCCCAGCCUCUGAGCUGGUCGAGGUCUCCAAGAAGCAAACCCAGGACUCACAGAAAUCCUCAGUACCCAGUCAUGGCCCAAAGACGCCAUCAGGCCAAAAGGUGAAGGCUCCACACCGUCCCCUGUCCUUGUCGUGGAAGCAGGACCGUGAGCAGACUCUGGCAGCAGCCUAUGUGCCGGUGGUGGUGGACCCCAGAGGGCAGAAUCCAGACAAGCUCAGGUUCAAUUUCUACACCUCCCAGUACUCCAACUCCCUGAACCCCUUCUACACCUUGCAGAAGCCCACCUGUGGCUACCUAUACCGCCGGGACACCGACCACACCCGCAAGCGCUUCGACGUGCCUCCCGCCAACCUGGUCUUGUGGCGCUCGUAG